AUGGCGGAUCCUGGCCAGGCGGGGCAGGAGGAGCUCGGGGCCACCGCCUCUGCCGACCAGGAGCCGCUUCCCGCCGCCUCGUCCCCCUUGGGGGACGGGGCGGCUGCGGCAGAGGAGGAGGAGGAGCCGGCGGCCGCCGACGUGGCAGGCGAAGGCGAGGCGGGAGAAGCCGGCGAGGGCGGCGAGCCCAAGGCGGAGGCGCUGGACGGAGAGGUGAGGAGCGUGGAGGCCGAGGCAGUGGACGGAGACGACCCCAGCCUGCAGCCGUCUGCCGCCAAGAAGGUGAAGCUGGAGCUGAAGGAGAAGAAGGAGAAGAAGCAGAAAGUGGACGAGGACGAGAUCCAGAAGAUGCAGAUCCUGGUCUCCUCUUUCUCUGAGGAGCAGCUGAACCGUUACGAGAUGUAUCGGCGCUCAGCCUUCCCCAAGGCUGCCAUCAAAAGGCUGAUCCAGUCCAUCACUGGCACCUCAGUCUCUCAGAACGUGGUGAUUGCCAUGUCAGGUAUCUCCAAGGUCUUCGUGGGGGAGGUGGUUGAAGAAGCCCUGGAUGUGUGUGAGAAGUGGGGGGAGCUGCCCCCCCUGCAGCCGAAGCACAUGCGGGAGGCUGUCCGGAGGCUGAAGGCUCGAGGGCAGAUCCCCAACUCCAAAUACAAGAAGAUCAUCUUCCACUGACGGACCAGGGGCUGGAGGUGAGGACAGCUGCUGUGACCCUCAGGGCAGAGCUGCAGCUCCUGCAGGGCUGGGGCUGUGACAGAAUUGACUGGAGGGAGGCUUCCUUGUGAGGUCUGCCCUGGGAACCCAGCACUGGCCAGGAGCCACAUCCCUCAGGUUAGAGGCUUGGGUUCCUCUGGCUCAGCAGAGCAGGAGGAGGAGGGCUCAAGGCCUCCAGAGCUCACCUACCAGGUGCUUCCUACAGCAAAGUGUCUGGUUCUGUACAUUA